CUCUCGAACGAUUGAUCUCUAUUUUUGGAACAUCCUGUAUAUUUUUCGCUUGCUCGGCACGAGAAAGAAGAUGGAAAAAGAAAAUGCGCGAGAACGUGGAAAAGACCGGAAGGAGACGCAAGCUGCACAGAUCCGCGCAGAUUCGCGUCAAUCGCGUGAGUUCGCGACGUACGAUCGUACGAGCUCCGGCGACACGCACAUGUAAACAAUUUCCGUGCCGAUUUAUUAUUUGACGCUCGCCUCAAGAAAGAGAAAGACACCAUGAUCUCGGUCAAGAAGUCUGCAAGGAGCGAGGCAGAAGCCGCCGUGGUGACCGACGCUCAAAGCGAUCCGUAUGAUGUGGAGAAAUGUGCUCGAUGGAUUCGGAUAAAUGCCUUAAAACAGGUGUGCCUACAAUUUCCAGACAGCUUGUUGCCAGAUUCAGUGGAAGUCGCAUUACGUUUAGAAAAAAGUAUAGGUCAGAAGUUGUAUAUCUUAGGCGAUACUACCUGCGGUAGCUGCUGCGUCGACGAGAUAGCAGCACAACAUGUUAAUGCAGAUGGCAUAAUACAUUUUGGACAUGCUUGCCUUAAUCCUACCGCUCGUUUGCCGAUUUUUCACGUUUUGCCAAGAAAGCAAUUGGACACGAUUGAAUUCAGUAAUGAGUUUGAACGAGUCUUCUCAGAUCGUACAAAGAAAAUUAUAUUUUUCUACGAUGUGGCAUACGCACAUAAGAUUGAACAUGUGUAUGAUAUAUUGAAACCUAUGUAUAAACAUUUAAUAUUAUCUAAAUUAAAUUGUACAUCGAACGUGGAAUAUACUGAUAUCAAAACAAGCUCGGCCUCAGUUAUCUUAGGUAGAAAUUAUACUUUAGAGAACGGGUAUAAUGUGCAAGAUUACGAAGGUUUCUUUUUGGGAGAAGAAGGAAAAACCCUUGCAUUAUUAGCAAUGAGUAUACCUGUGAAAAGGUGGUGCUAUCUUGCAAAUAAUAAAAUUCAUGAAUUUGAAGCAUUGAAUACACCUUGGUUGAAACGAAGAAGAUUCUUAAUAGAAAAGCUGAGAGAUGCCAAAAUUGUGGGAAUUGUGGUGGCUACGUUAGGUAUCACAGAAUAUCUGACGGCUAUAAACACAGUGAAAAAAGCCCUCCGGCAAAAAAAUAAGAAAUCUUAUCUUCUCAAUGUAGGGAAAAUAAAUCCUGCUAAGCUUGCAAAUUUCCCGGAGAUUGAUGCUUUCGUUGUGAUAGCUUGUCCAGAAAAUGAAGUAUUCGAUUCGAGGGAUUUUUUCAAGCCUAUACUUACACCAUACGAAGUUGAAUUAGCAUUUAAUAGCGCGAGGGAAUUUUGUUCACAAUAUUUUAUGGACUUCCGACAAAUAUUGCCUGGUGGUUCUCAUUAUGUUAAUUUUAAGCCAUCAAUGGAUUCGGAUGUUUCUCUCGUUUCUAGUAGUGUUAGAAAUUGUGAGGAUGAUGCUUUAUGUACCGAUCAAAUGAAUGCUUUGACAGUUCGUUCAUCAGGUACUGUUGCCAUUGGUAAGGCUGGAGCUCAAUAUCUACAAGAAAGAUCUUGGAAAGGUGUCGAACAAAGAUUAGGUGAAGAUUCUGUACAACCAGCAGAAGCUGGUCGCACUGGAUUGGCAUGGGAAUAUACUAAUGAAACUUUAAGCAUAGAUAAAAACAACAUACAAACAGAAUAAAUAUAAUUUUUAGAUGCGGA